GAGGCCGCGGGGAGCGGACGCGGGUCAGCGGGCGGCCGGCGGGCGGCGGGAUGAGCGCGGCGCCCGUGUUCCUGAGCGCGGCCGAGGUCCAGCGCCACCUCCGCGGCUGCAGUCGCCUCCUCGCGCCCCUGGAGGCGGCCCUGGCCAACUUCUCCGGCGGCCCCGCGGGGGGCGUCGCGCAGCCCGUGCGCACGGUGGUGCCGGUGGCCCGGCACCGGGGGUUCCUGGGGGUCAUGCCGGCCUACAGUGCUGCGGAGGACGCCCUGGCCACGAAGCUGGUCACCUUCUACGAGGGCCCCCGCGCUGCCCUCGCCGGGCCCUCCCACCAGGCCACCGUGCUGCUCCUGGAGCCCAGCACCGGCGCCCUCCUGGCGGUCAUGGAUGGAAACGUCAUCACUGCCAAGAGAACGGCGGCGGUGUCCGCCAUCGCCACCAAGUUUUUGAAGCCUCCCAGCAGUGAAGUGCUGUGCAUCCUGGGGGCUGGGGUCCAGGCCUACAGCCACUAUGAGGUCUUCACUGAGCAGUUCUCCUACAAGGAGGUGAGGAUAUGGAACCGCACUAAAGAAAACGCCGAGAAGUUUGCGGACACAGUGGAGGGAGAGGUGCAGGUCUGCUCGUCCGUCCAGGAGGCUGUGACAGGUGCCGAUGUGAUCGUCACAGUCACCAUGGCAACAGAGCCCAUUUUGUUUGGCGAAUGGGUGAAGCCGGGGGCUCACAUCAAUGCCGUGGGAGCCAGCAGACCGGACUGGAGAGAGCUGGACGACCAGCUCCUGGCGCGCGCCGUGCUGUACGUGGACUCCCGGGAGGCGGCCCUCAAGGAGUCUGGAGACGUGCUGCUGUCGGGGGCGGAGAUCUUCGCUGAGCUGGGAGAGGUGGUGGCGGGAGCGAAGCCAGCCCUCUGUGAGAAGACCACGGUGUUCAAGUCUCUGGGAAUGGCAGUGGAGGACGCGGUUGUGGCCAAGUUAGUGUAUGAUUCCUGGUCUUCUGGUAAAUAGCGCACAGCGCGGCCCGCCGCAGCCGACGCGGCAACUCCGGGCCUUGCCUCCAGACGUCUGGUGAUUUCCAGAUCAAACGAGGGAGCCAGUGCCCCGCGGGCCAUCGUGCUGUGCUCAUCCUGUCUCCUCUUCUUACCUGGCGAGGUCCUCCUGGCGUUUGUAGCUGAGGGAGCUGGGGGGCCGGGCCUGUGAGGCGGGGUGCAGCAGCACCCCUUUCCCAGGCGUCCCACCCGCUCUUGUAUCUCCUGGAAAUAAAGCGAUUUCCUUUUCUGCA